AUGGCUAAUUCUUUGCACGCCUCAACAGUUCCUUGUCCUCUCAACAUAUCUGGUAUCAUCGUCGAUUCCAAGAAGUCGAAGCUGGAUAUAGAGUCUGCUAAAGUAUGGAUCGGCGAAUCACGUGUGCCUAUUGAACGCAAAGGAAGAAAGAGUUUACGACGAACGUUUUCUCCACCCAUGGUGCUUUCUUAUGGGGAUACAUUCUCCUUACAUAUGGAUUGCCUUGACAAGCCAUGGUUUAAUACGAAGACCGAAGAUUGUUUUUUCAACCCAGAAGAUAUGUUCCACGUGUAUAGUGCAAGCAAAGGACAAGAAUAUACAACGCAUCAUAACAAAAUCAGAAUCGUGGUCUACUUUUCCAGGAAUCCAACAAUUACUCCUCGGUUCCGAAUUCUAGUGAUAGGAAAUACUGACGUCGGCAAGUCAUCACUAAUCAGCCACGUAUUUGGAGUGGAAGAAAUGAUCGAUUUGCGAGGGGCCAGCAUUGAUCAUGAGUUCAUCUCACCUCAAAACGACAAGUUUGUCCUCCACGGUAGCAAAGGUUUUGGACUCAAAGACAACCUCGAAAAAAUCCGAGAUUUCAUUGACCGUCGGAGGAACAUGUCUCCGGAACAUCAGUUGCAUGCUGUUUGGCUCUGCCUUCAGACACCCCGUACAGGCGGACGUUUGCUAGACACAAGAACGAAGGAAUUUCUGACAUUGAAACGUAGUGGAAUACUGGGAAACGUUCCCGUCAUUGUCGUUCUUACUAAAUACGAUAGGCUCGUCAAUCAGAUACAGCUAACUCUAGACAGAACCUCUCUCAAAGGAUUGAGCAAUGAAGCCAUCAAGGAACUCGCAAAGAAGAACGCAGAAGCCGAGCUGCAGAAUAGCUGCAUCAGACCUCUUGAGAAAUUUGCAGGGUCUAAUAUCCCCCACGCUGCGGUCUCUACCAACGAAGACUAUAAAAAGACACUCACCCACUUGAUUCAGAUAACUGAAAACUGUGUCAGUCAGCAUUCUGCGUCCGAGGCUGCAGUGAUGACCUCCAUCCGAGUCGCUCAACGAAUGGAUCCUGGACUCAAAAUAAAGACAUCAUUCGAGAUUGCCAAGAAAAGAUACCGGAAAGCGUUUUCAUGUUGUUGCACGAUAUUCAAGAAGCACGAGAUGUGGGAUUUUCUACAUUUGCUUCAUACUGACAUCGUCAAUGUGUGGAACUUCUAUGACCUUCAUCAUCACUUGAACAGCCAAAAGUUCAGGGAAUCGAUAAUAAAAAUGGUCGAAGUUGGACCUAACAAAGGACAUCGACACUUCUUCAGCCGCGCGCCAGUGAUUCAGCACUUUAUGUCCUACAUCGUCCACUUAACACUUGUGUCGCAGACACUUUAUUUCGUGUCAGGAAGCAAGGAAAUCACUCCCAGGGCCAUCAAGCUUGCGGUCUCUUCCUACCUCGCCUCCCCAAUGAGAGCAGAGGCUCGUACUUGGAUCCAGGCUUGUGAUAGGCAAUUGACCAUCCUGGACCGGGUGGAUCGGGAUGAAAUUGUUGAGGUGAUACGAUCUUAUAGCAUCAAUGCGACACGAAGGGUCGGACGUCGGGAAACCACACAAAGGGCCGAACGUCGGGAAAACAUUCACCUGAGUGCCCCCAUUAAUACCCCCGCUACCGUAUUUCACCCUACUAUGAAUUACCCUACCACUAUGGACUAUCGUCCUACUAUGAAUUACCCUACCACUAUGAACUAUCGUCCUGCUAUGGACUAUCCUAUCACUAUGGGCUAUCCUACUACCGAACGGUUUACACAUCAGGGUUAA